AUGGCCGCGGCGGCGCGCGCGCCGGCGGCCGAGGCGCAAAGCCCGCCGCCGCCCCGGGCCUUCGACGACGGCUGGGACGUCUACGCGCCCGCGCGCGAGUUCGCGCGCCUCGGCUUCGUCCGCGCCGACGGGUCGGCGACGGCGGACUGGCGCCUCUGGCACGACUCCUACGACCUCAGCGACACCUACCCCAUGGAGUUCGUCGUGCCCGCGCGCCUCGGCGACGACCUCGUGCGCGAGGCCGCGGCCUACCGGUCGAAGAAGCGCGUGCCCGCGGCUGUCUGGCGGUCGCCGCGCACGGGCGCGGUGCUCUGCCGGAGCUCGCAGCCCAUGGCCGGCGUCGCCUACAAGAGCUCGCGGGCGGACCAGCUGCUCCUGAACCUCUACCGCUGCCGCGGCGCCGAGGGCAGCCUCGACGCGGCGCGGACGCCCGGCGGCGGCGAUCUGCCCAUCCACAUCGUCGACUGCCGCGGCCGCGCGGCGGCGCUGGGCAACCGCGCCCAGGGCAAGGGCACGGAGGCCGUCGGCGACUACGAGAACGCGACCCUCAAAUACUGCGACAUCGGCAACAUCCACACGAUGCGCGAGAGCCAGCAGCAGCUCGUCGCGCUCCUCGGCGCGCCCGACGACGAGAGCGUGCUCUACCACAGCGCCCUCGAGGCGACGGGCUGGCUCAAGCACCUGGCCCUCGUGCUCAAGGCGUCGAUCCACGUCGCGCGGCGUUUGGAGGACGAGGGCGCGUCCGUGCUCGUGCACUGCUCGGACGGCUGGGACCGCACGGCGCAGGUCUGCGCGACGGCGCAGCUGCUGCUGGACCCCUACUACCGCACGGUCGAGGGCUUCGCCGUGCUCGUGGAGAAGGAGUGGUGCGCCUUCGGCCACAAGUUCGCGGAGCGUCUGGGGGUCGCGCGGCGCGAGGCGCUCAAGCCGAACGAGCGGUCCCCGGUCUUCGUCCAGUGGCUCGAGUGCGUCGCCUGGGUGCUCAGGCAGUUCCCGCGGGCCUUCGAGUUCAGCGAGGCGCUCCUCGUCUUCGUCGCCGACGGCGCGGCGAGCGGCCUCUUCGGCACGUUCCUCGGCGACACGGAGCGCGACCGC